CCGAGAGUGACCGAGAGACAGUGCGUGUGUGUCAAACGGAGACAGAGGAGCUGCACCUUGAAUCGUUGACAGCCGAGCCCAGCCCUCGCCUUUCCUAUGAGGCGCCUCCGUCUUCAACUCGAGCCCGGACCAUCACAUUAGCAAAGGUGGAUUGGUACGCAGGAUAUGAGCAGUUUGUCAAGCGCAACCUGACUCUGCUCCCACACCAGCAGCAGACGCUGCAUCAGCAUCCUCCAGCGCCGCCACCGCCUCCAGCAGCCUCGUCCUCGGCAGCCGCAGCGGCUACGCUAGCCCCUCCUGCGGCGCCCCCUCCGCAGAACGCGCAGCAGCAUCAUCACCACAGCCAGCAGCAGCAGCACCACCACACUUCGGCGGCCAAUGUGAUGGCCUCGAUGUUCGAACAGCAAAUCAAGAGUGAGCCUAUGGGCUUUUAUUCAGUGGCAUCGAGUCGCAGCGACGGAUCAAGCUCUAUUGUAAAUCUUUCAGACGACCGCGAGGAACUGUCCCAGCAAGACAGCCACGUGCAGCAGCUGCAAGCCCCGCACGCGCGUCAGGUGCACCAUCAGCAGCUGCCCCACCAUCCGGACCAAGAGCCGGAGCAGCUGGCCGUCCUGCAGCAGGCGAGUCACAGCCCCAUCAUACACCACGAGGACUCGCCGGGUCGUCACUCCACGGUCGACGGCCAGCCCAUCAAAGAGGGCAGUCGCUCGAAACCGCAGCCCUGCAAGGUCUGCGGCAAGGUACUCAGCUCCGCGAGCAGCUACUACGUCCACAUGAAGCUACACUCGGGACACAAGCCCUACCACUGCACCGUGUGCGAGGCGAGCUUCUGCCGGAAGCCCUACCUCGAGGUGCACAUGCGCACGCACACGGGCGAGCGGCCCUUCCAGUGCGAGCUCUGCCUCAAGCGAUUCACCCAGAAGAGCAGCCUCAACACGCACAAGCGCGUCCACACGGGCGAGCGGCCCUACUCCUGCGACAUCUGCAACAAGCGCUUCGCCGUCAAGAGCUACGUCACGGCCCAUCGCUGGUCCCACGUGGCCGAGAAGCCGCUCGUCUGCGAGCGCUGCAGCCUCACCUUCACAUCCAAGAGCCAGUUCGCCGUCCACAUUCGCACUCACACGGCCAGCACGACCUACGAGUGCAACAUCUGCGGCCGCACCUUCGUGCGCGACUCCUAUCUCAUUCGGCACCAAAACCGCGUGCAUCGGGGCGGCGCCAACUCCGGGGCGGGCAGCGCCAACACCAGCCACGAGCCGGGCACGCCGCAGAGCUCGGGUGCGGGUACGCCCGGGGCCACGGGCUUCGAGAGUCCGGUCUGCGACCUGCGCUACAGCGACGGGCCCUCGUCGCUCGACGGCCUGGCCCAGGCCGCGGCGGGCAAAGGCAACCCGGCCAUCGCCGCCGAGAUAGCCGCGAGUAUCGCCGCGAAGCAGAACAGCUUGCAGCUGCCGCUACCGCUGCUGCACCCGCAGAGCACCAACUAGUGCCAUCAGCCGCAGCCACCCGCCCCAGCCAGCUCUUCGCCGACGGCCCAGCAACAGCAGCAGCAGCAGCAGCAGCAGUUUAGGCCGCCGAGUCCGCCGCAGGCCUAUCAUCAUCACCAUCAGCAGCCACCACCGCCACCGCCGCCGCCGACGACGCACGAUCAGCAGCACCACUUGGCACCGCCACCGGCGCACCACUUGCACCCUGCGCUCUAUCUAUACGCGCAGUACUCGGGCGCUGCCGGGCCCGCGGCUGCGGCGCUCACCUACAGCGAGUACGUGCAACGCAGCAACACGUGAGUCACUUAGUUCCGAUCGCCCGAUUAGAGGCGCGAUAACCGAUGGACCGACACACGCUUACUCGCAGCUCGCAAAGUCUCGAAUUCGCAAGCAAGACCAAGCCUCGAGCUAGCGGGUCUUACUUCGCGUGGAGAGCUCGUCAACUAGCUCAACUUAAGCGUCGCAGCUUUCGUUGAUUAAUAUAUAUAUCGUUUAUAUACGAUCGUCAUUCAUCCUAUAUAUUAUAUCUGAAUAAUCCUGUUUAUUUUGACCGAUUUCUCGUUCAUUAUAGUCUGCACGCAGGACGCAAUUUUUUGCGCCCAUCGAGUACGAUCAGUAGUUUGUUUCGCUGCUUUUCGCUUCUUAAAAUGCGUUUAGUCGAUUUUCAUUAUUUUCGACCAGCUAUCACUGACACGAACGAUCAAUAUCGACAGUCGUUGACAGACAACUUGUGUUUGUCGCGUAUGUAUGUGUAAAUCUAAAACUAUAUAUGUUAAAAUGAAUACAUUAUUCUGUUCAUUAACGUGUAAUUUUGUUGAUUCGAUUUUUAAUUCAGAACCUCGGAUUAAAGGUAGCUUUAGGAUAUAAUAUUGUAUGAUACAUUAUUAAUUGUUUAUAUAUUGUAACGUUGACAUAUAAUGACUUAUGGUUUUUUUUGCUUUAAAGUACUUCUAAUUACGAUCAGUUUUUUUUUUGUGUCGAGAAUCAAAGACUCUUGAUCAUUUUAGCUGGUAAGAAACAAAGACAUAUGCUAGCUUAAAAAAGAAAGAUAUAACGAUAACACCUUCAGACUGUUGUAAACAUGGAACAGUAAAUUUUGUACUAGUGUAUUAGCUCCCUGCAGAGUCCAGUGUCGUCAAAAAUAAUAAAAAAAUAAAACAAGCUUUCAUUUCAAAAUGGUAUAC